AUGGCUGGAAACGAUGACCAUCUAGCGUACGGGCAUGCCCCUGGACAGUCGGAUCGUGGUUCUGGGUCCGGGAGUACCAGAGCGUUUCUCGGGGACACUCUACGGACGUUCCGUGACAAGUACGACAAGUACUCGCAUGGCCAGCAGGGCCAGCAAGGCCAGCAGCAGCAACAGCAGCAACAACAACAACAACAACAACAAUAUCAAGGUCAGCCCGGGAACCAUGGUUACAACCCUCAGGGCCAGGCACAGUACCAGCAGCCGUACCAACAGCCGCCACCCGGCCAGCAAGGAGGUCAAUACGCACCAGAUCCAACCCACGGACAGAACCCCCAAUACUACCAGAGCGCCAGCGGAGGUCAUGGCAGUGGCGGCAAACCUCCAAAGUCUGACCUAGUCUCCGGCAUAUUCGGCAAGCUACAGGGUAUCGGCUCGGAGGUCGCACAGCGGAUCGGAUCCAACCUCGACCCUCAUGCGUACGCUACAUAUGGUGCAGACACAGCUGGUGCCAACUCGAAGAACAGAUACGGGAGCUUUGCACCCGUCCGGCACCAUGGAGAUGCAAAGUGGUAUGUCGACGGAUGUAGCUAUAUGUGGGCUGUGUCUAGAGCAUUGGAAACAGCAAGGGAGUCUAUCUGGAUCCUUGACUGUAGGGCCUCUCUUCCCAUCCUUCAAUUGCCGUAUCGUAUCGAUAGAAUGCUCCAGGCAGCCGCCCAAAGAGGAGUUCGCGUCAACAUCAUCGUUUACAAGGAGGUAACCCAGGCACUGUCAUUGUCCUCGUCUCAUACAAAACAUCACCUUGAGGAUCUGCACGAGAACAUUGUUGUAUUCCGUCACCCAGACCAUCUACCAGACAAGCAGACUGUGCACUCGGAUGUGAUGUCUUCCUUCCAGAAUCUGACAUUAAACGCGGCAGGUCUCUCAAAGCUGUCUGGUGAUGCACUUAAAACGGUGUACGGCCUUAGCGGCGGCGUUGUCCUCUUCUGGGCACAUCAUGAGAAGCUGUGUAUCGUCGACGGCAGGACUGCAUUCAUGGGUGGUCUUGACCUCUGCUUCGGACGCUGGGACACUUACCAGCAUGCUAUUGCUGACGUGCAUCCAACUGACCUGAAGCAGGCUGUUUACCCCGGCCAGGAUUACAAUAAUGCCCGAGUCUUGGAUUUCCAAGACGUCGUUCACUGGGAGAACAACCAGCUGGACCGAAAAUCAAACUCCCGUAUGGGAUGGAGCGAUGUUGCCGUUAGUUUGCACGGUCCUGCCGUAGAGGAUCUGAGGAAGCACUUUGUGGACCGCUGGAACUUCAUCUAUGAUGAGAAAUAUGCGGUCCGUAAAGUCCCGCGUGUCUCUAGACUUGAGCUCUACCGUCAGCCGAUGGGCCUAGGAGGACAUCGCCCCUCAUCACAACACGGUCCAGGGCCUGCUCCACCACCUCCUGGAUCUCAGGGAUACCAGCAGCAGCAACAGCAACAGCAACAGCAGCCAGGUGGAACUUAUGGCAGCCAGCAACAGCAGCAACCGCAAGGGUCUCAAUCGCCUUACUAUCCCCCACCUCCUCCAGGGCCUCCACCAGCUACGUCUUCAACAACCAGCGGUGGCUACCAACCACACUCGUCUGAGGCACCUUACUUCCCACCUCCACCAACUCAGGGCAAUAAUCCUCCCACUCAAAGCCGUGGUGUUGAUGAAUAUAGCGAGGGAGAUAGAAGCAGCCGUGGAAUUGGAAUCAAGGGUGAGUUUGCCAACUUUGGCAACACCCUACGGGCCCAGUUGGCUGGCCAAGUCCACCGUUAUCAGGACCGAUACCUCUCUGGUAAUGCUCCAGGGCAAGGCCAAGGACCUUCUAAGUCAAACGUCUCCUGUCAGAUAGUCCGAAGCAGCGCUAAGUGGAGUAACGGCACUGAGACGGAGCAUUCAAUUGCAGAUGCAUACGCGGCCAUCAUCCGUGAUAGCGAGCACUUCAUCUAUAUUGAGAACCAGUUCUUCAUCACUGCUACAUGUGAUGCCCAGAAGCCAGUAAAGAACAAGAUUGGUGCUGCCAUCGUCGAACGCAUCCUCCGCGCUGCAAAGGCAGGCCAGAAAUACAAGAUGAUCGUCAUCAUUCCUGCCGUGCCUGGAUUCCCUGGUGACCUCCGCGACGAUGGUAGCUUAGGCACUCGCGCCAUCAUGGAGUUCCAGUACUUCUCCAUCAACCGGGGAGGAAAUAGUAUAAUGGAACUGAUUGCCAAAGAAGGGUAUAACCCCAUGGAGUACAUUCGUUUCUACAACUUGCGCAAUUACGACCGUAUAAACGCCAGUGCCAUAAUGCGUCAAGCUGAGAAAGCAAGUGGAGUGAAUUAUGAAGAUGCAAGAAAGCAACAUGAUGCUGCCAUGUCAGCAUCAAGACCUUCUGCUUUCGACACCACGGCUGCGUACCCACAGUAUCAGCAGGCUGCUCAGCAUGUAGCUGCAACUAACCCGCAGGCUGCGGCCGUUGGUCGAUGGGAUACCGUAAGUUCUUGCUACAUGCUUGGAGGAGAAGACAUUCGCAAUGUUCCGUGGGAGCAUGAUAACGAUACAUCUGAGAUUGACGCCUUCGUCACGGAGGAGUUGUAUGUUCACUCAAAGCUUCUCAUCGCCGAUGAUAGAACGGUCAUCUGUGGAAGCGCGAACUUGAACGACCGUUCUCAGCUUGGUGAUCAUGACUCUGAAAUCGCAGUCAUCAUCCAAGAUCCAACCGCAAUGGAGUCAAGGAUGAAUGGGCAGAACUAUGUUGUCAGCCAGUUUGCGGCCACUCUCAGACGACAGCUCUGCCGAAAGCACCUGGGGUUGCUCCGACCGCAGGACUACCAGCGUCCUGAGGCCAACUAUGAACCUGUUGGAGUUCCUAAUGAGUAUGACUUUGGUUCACCUGAAGACAAUAUCGUGGUAGACCCAGUCGCAGACACCUUCCAUAGUCUCUGGAACACCCGCGCCAGACAGAACACUGAGGUCUACCGAAAGGUCUUCCACGUUGUGCCAGAUGACACUGUUCGUAACUGGAACGACUACAAGGAGUUCUAUGAGUACAACUUCCGCAAGCCUGAUGGGAAAAACGGAAACCAAGAACCUCGCUACCUCCCCGGCCAUGUGAUUCGUGAUGAGUUCCCUGAAGGUGUGAAGGCCGUCAAGGAAGAGCUGGCUAAGGUCAAGGGAACCAUUGUUGAAAUGCCGCUAAUGUUCUUAGCGGAAGAAGACAUCGCAAAGGAGGGAUUGAACCUGAACUCCUUCACUGAGACCCUCUACACCUGA